AUGGUACAUGAUACAACCAUGAGAAUGUCUUUUGUUCAGCUGGGGAAAGGUGGAUUCGGCGUGGUGUAUGAAGGGAGACGUUUGGAUGAUGAUCUUAAAGUGGCUUUGAAAUAUGUCAUGAAGACUCGGCAAACGGAAUGUAUUUUCAUUCCUGAUCAUCCAAACCCCCUUCCGAAAGAGAUCGCCCUCACCAUCCUGGUGAACAAAGGUCACAGAGUGCCAGAAAUCAUCAGGCUGCUGGACUGGACGGACCACCCUGACCACUUUGUCAUGGUCCUGGAAUGUCCCUCUCCCUGUGAGAAUCUGGUGGAGUUCAUCAGGCGUCACGGUGGAAGCGUUGAUGAAGAAACAACACGGCAAAUCAUGUGGCAGGCGGCUCACGCUUCACACAUGUGCUGCCUCCGCAGAGUGUUCCACCGUGACGUCAAACUGGAGAACCUUCUGAUAAACAGGGAGACAUCCGAAGUCAAGCUGAUUGACUUCGGAUGCGGGGACAUUCUGGGGAGUUCACCGUUCAAGUCAUACCAUGGCACAGCAGCGUACUCCCCUCCAGAGUACUACAGCAGGGGAGAGUACUGCGGCUGGCCGGCGACGGUCUGGUCACUAGGGAUAGUGAUGUUCACAUUGUUGUGUGGACACUUCCCUAGUGACUAUGACCUGUACCUGCUGCAGUACAAGCAGUGGUCCAAACCCGGCUGUCAAAAGGUGAGAUCUUCAUCACAAAAAAAUGAAUAA